CUUCUUUUGUCAUAAACCAAGACUCUGCUCCUUAUUUUUGUGACAUUUUCCACCCAAAUUUCAGAGGUUGAAGACAAUGAGUGGUGAGUUUGAGGGGUACGAGCGCAAAUACUGCCACCUUUCUGCAAAACUAUCAAAAGCAUGCAUUGAAGCUGCUGCUAUUAAUGGAGAGCUAAAGAAACAAAAAGUUUCAGAAAUAAAGGAGGGAAUUGAGGAGGCAGAAGCUAUGAUUCGAAAAAUGGACCUUGAGGCAAGAAGUUUCCAGUCAGACUCUAAGGUUGUGCUUCUUGCUAAGGUGAGGGAGUACAAAGCAGAUCUGAACAACAUAAAAAGAGAAGUGAAGAAAAUUGUAUCUGGUGUGUUAAAACCUUCUGCACGAGAUGAGUUGUUAGAAUCAAACAUGGCAAAUGUUAUGAAGGCAUCAGCUGAUCACAGAGAAAGAUUAAUGACAUCAACAGAAAGGUUGAACAAGUCUAGUGACGGAAUCAAGGACAGUAGAAGAACAAUGUUGGAGACAGAAGAUCUGGGAGUUAUGAUUCUUCAAGAUCUGCAUUCCCAGAGACAAGCUCUGCUGCAUACUCAUGACACGCUUCAUGGAGUGGAUGAUAACGUAGGCAAGAGCAAGAAAAUAUUGUCUAACAUAUCAAGAAGGAUGAACAGGAACAAGUGGAUUUUAAGCACCGUUGUUGUGGUCCUGAUAGUUGUUAUCACCCUGAUUCUGUAUUUCAAGCUUUCUUAAUAACCACUACCAGACCAUUACUCUUUUGAUCAUAGACACAAUCCAUUCUCAAUUUUCUACAACAAGUAUAUUGACAGUGGUAACAUAAUGAACCUAACAUUAGUUGUAGAAUGACACCUUUAGGAAAUGAGAAACUCCAAGAAAGGUGUUCCCUUUGUUUCCUCGAUUAAUAAAUGUGUUCUACUC